UAUGGUUUUACUUGGUUUCAAGUUCUCAUUCUCACUCCUCACUUCCAUCUCUGUAUUUUCUACUCUCUGUCUCUAAACUCUGUAUUGUAAUCUCUCUCCUCAUUGUGCACUGUAUUUUGUUUCUUUUGGCUUGGAGCUAAGCCAUGGAGGCCCUACAGUUGCACCGCCAGUUUACUCUCUACAAGAACGGCCUCUUUGAUCAGGGUUUUCUGGAUGAGCAGUUCAAUCAGUUGGAGGAAUUGCAGGAUGAGAGCAACCCAAGGUUUGUUGAGGAAGUGGUUACCCUGUUUUUCAAGGACUCUUCCAGGCUCCUGACCAACAUAGAACAAGCACUUGAAAAGAACCCUGUUGAUUUUAGGAGAUUAGAUACAUAUAUGCACCAGUUCAAGGGGAGUAGCUCAAGCAUUGGAGCAAUUAGACUGAAGAAUGAGUGUGUUGUGUUUAGGCAAUUCUGUGAAGAAAGGAACAAAGAGGGGUGCAUGAGGAGCUUCCAACAAACCAAGAAGGAAUAUAAUCUUCUCAAAAAGAAGCUAGACCGUUUCUUCGAGUUGGAGCGACAAUUGGCAAGUUAUGGGAUGUCCACAUCGCCCUAGAGAUCCAAAGCCAUGACACCCCCUUAAUCAUGGAUUAUGUAAUAGUGAUGUUUCAAUCUAAGAAAAAAUAGAAGGAAAAUGAAAUUUAUGUAUCAGUUUUAGAGUUUAUAUAGAUAUGAAGUUCAUCAAAGAGCAA